CUGGCAAAGUGAAAGAAGUUGCCAAGAUGAACAACAUAAGCCUGUGCAAGCAGAUGACAGCAGCACUGAGGAGUCCUCUUGGUAUCAUCCAAGUAUCUGGCUGUGAAGAAGGCAUCCACUUCAUUCAGCUCCAGGAGAAGUAUGUACCCGAGGACAGAUAUUAUGAAGCAAAAUUGAUAUCAAUCAUGACAAGAGUGGCCUCAUUUACUUGUGAGGUAUGUGAAAGCCAAGAGGAAAUGACAGCACCACUGAAACAGUGUAUGACCUGGCUUCAGGCCUAUUUCUCUGAACCUUGGACAACGGAAAAACUUCCUCUCCCUGCCUUUCACCAUCCCACUUUUCAACAAGCUACCUUCACCUGCAGAGUGUUGUGGACCCUGCUGAGUAACGUGAAGUUUGGAGAGACGACCUCUUACAAGCAGUUGGCAGCACAAGCCGGCAAUUACAAAGCAGUGAGAGCUGUGGGAGGAGCAAUGAGGAGCAAUCCUGUGCCAAUUAUUGUGCCCUGCCACCGAGUGAUCUGCAACGAUGGACAGAUUGGUAAUUAUAUGGGAGGAAAAGGAAAUCACCUCAAACAAUGGCUACUUACACAUGAGAAGCUCCUGAAAGAGAGACGAGAAACAUUUCAGGGACUUUGUCCAAUCCUGCCACACAGCUAGAGUGCCUGCUGAUGAUACUCGGAAUAAAACAAGCUCUUAACACAUCCACUAUUAUUUAGGGAAUUUGUAAAUAUUUGAGUGACUUAAAAAGAUAAAGGAAACUUGAGAGUCAGAUAUGUGGUGGCACCACUACUAUAUUAAAAAGGCUGUAUGCAUCCUGAGGGACACUGCAUGUAUAGCCUUUCUUGUUUUUUACAUUUUACAGAAGAAUGACUACAGAGGACUGUGCCUGUUGUGUAUGUAUUUUGUUCCCAUCUACAGCCUUUUUGUUCUAUUUUUAAUGGCCAUUAAAGCAAGGCUAAGGGAGUGGGAGGGGCAUGGCAAAUGUUAGGUGCAACUGCCCCUGUAAGGAAGCAUCUGGCUCACAGAGGGGACAGCCAACAGUCUGGAGCUUGCGUGUUACUGGAAGCAAAAUGAAAUCCUGAGGCUUCAGCACACACCUCCUUAUUCCUGCACUGCAUUGAAUUUGUCCAGCUUGGAAAACUGUACCUCAGCCAAAUUACUGUCAAAUGCGUGGCCUGCUCUCUUUGAUGUUUGAGCUGUUGAAAUAUUUCUUUUCAUAAACACUUUUGACAAAACGGUCACAAAAUCAUUCAUUCUUUAUUUUUUUUGCUCCAGAGAUGGUUUAAUCAUUGUUACAAUUUGAUUAUUGCCCUUCAGUUUUCAUUUAAUAUAAACUUAUUUCUUUCGGGUAUAAAAUGUAACAAAUGCAAUAUAGAGAGACUACUUGUUUAGUUAGCAAGUUAUCAUUGUGGGAGAUGGAUCACUGAUAUGAGCUACAUCUUGGAGUAACAUUUUAAAGACCAAUGCUUUCAAAUGUUAAGUUGGGUAAAUAAAUGGUGUAUUUCGGGUUAAGAUUGUUUUUUUUCCAUGGGAAUUAUUUUAUUGGUUCAACGUUUGGGUCACAGAAAACGAGAGAGAGAGCUCUCGUUGCAACUUUCUUUUCCCACUGAAGACAAUGUUUGAGCAACAGCAUUUAUCCUGCCCAGGGGCCUUUUCAUGCUCCCAUUUGCUCCCAUUGUUAGUCACUGAGGACACAUGCAAGGAUGUGAUAUAAUUAGUACAUUCUGAACAGAAAUAAAAUGGAAAGAUUAAAAACUGGGCAGUGUAGUUUGGGAAAAUAAAGCAAAGCUUCUAUUGUUGCAUAACCACAUAUUAUGUCAAAUGUGAUUAAUCACAGAAUAAUCAAUUAAAGGUCACAAGCUACCACAAUUUUUCACCAGCUUGCAGCUCUUCCUUUAACAACUUAACUUACCAUCAAAAUAAAGGGAGAACAGAUGAGUUACUCCCUGCCACACAUUUGAAACAGCAAAAGUUCAAGCUGUUACAGAGACCGAAAGUGAAAAUGUUUUAAAUCAUAUUAAUGGAUGAGACUUUUUUUGUUUGGCUACUUCAUUGCAGGAACACAUAUAAGGAAUAGAAACUUGUUUCUGUGCCCACACAAAUCUGAGUUUAACACUACCAGUUAUGGGAACGCAAAAGAUUUUACAUUCCAUUUUAUUUUUAAUAUGGUACUAUAGGAUAUUCAUUGUGGCAUAUGCCUUGGGAUAACAAGCAAGUUCAACUAUCAGAAACUACAUUGUAAUGGAAAUAGAAUAUUCCUAUCCGUAGAAAUCAAGGUACAUAAGAUAGUGGGUAAUGUUUAAAAAUGCUCGUAUCCUGAGGCCAAUUACACAAUGUAACAUAUGUGUCCCAAACAAUUAAAGACAUUCACUAUUUUGCCACACAAAGAAAUUAAGUAGCACUCAGACAGGUAAGCAUAGAAAUACUGAAUUUACACAAUUAAAACUGAGUUUAUGUAAACUAUUAAGAUAAGAUAAUUAAGCAACAGUUAAAGGCAUUUAUGUAAUCACAUUGUGUGCUUUGGGUUGCAUUUGUUUAUUAUGUAAUGUUUUGUAAGUUCUUUUUCCCUUUGUUGUUAAAAUAGAAAUCUUCAAUGUUUUCACUUGUAAUGCAGACCAUUUG